ACUAAGGUUCCCAGAACAGGAGAGUUAGCUUUAAGGAGGGCUAUACCUGCAAACACAAACAUGAAGGCCAUGCAGGUUGUUAUUGAUUAUUGAUUUUAAUAAUGCUCCUUAUUGUUCAAAGUUAAUCAGUUUGGGACGCACUUGCUUCGAUUUCUAGGAUUCUCUGGAGGAGAUACUUUACUUGCUUGCUGAGAAUCCCACAGAGAAAGCCUUAUGGAACCAUGGAGGGGAAUGUGAAAAAAGCUCUAAAGAUAGCAACAGAUGAAAAGGACUCAAUUUUGGCAAGUGUACCCACAGACUUGAGGGAGAAGGCUUCCACCUUACAUGCAUCUCUUAUCGAUGGAAAGAAUGGAUUGCAAGUUCUUCUUGGAUAUAUAAAGGAUAAGGAUGCAGAUAAAGUAUCUGUGGCCCUUGCAUCUUCACUGGAUACCAUUGCUGAGCUUGAGUUAUUACAGGCUCCAGGCCUGUCAUUCUUGUUACCUGAGCAAUACCAGAGAUACCCAAGGCUUACAGGGAGAGGAACUGUUGAAUUAAUCAUUGAGAAAGGUGACGGUUCAACAUUUUCUCCAGAAGCUGGUGGCGAACCAAGAAAGACAGCCAGUAUUCAGGUUGUUAUAGAUGGAUAUUCAGCACCAUUAACAGCGGGUAAUUUCGCAAAACUGGUAAGUGAUGGGGCAUACAAUGGGGCAAAGCUCAGCUCGACCGACCAAGCUAUUCUCUCAGAUAGUGGUCUUGACAAGAACAGUGGUUCUAGUGUUCCUUUAGAAAUCAAGCCAUCUGGGCAAUUUGAGCCCUUGUAUAGAACAAAAUUAGAUGUCCAGGACGGGGAAUUGCCAGUUCUUCCGCUAUCUGUUUAUGGAUCAGUUGCAAUGGCACAUAGUGAAGCCUCUGACGAGUACUCCUCACCAUAUCAGUUUUUCUUCUAUCUUUAUGAUAAAAGAAAUGCUGGCUUGGGAGGAUUAUCAUUUGAUGAAGGAGAAUUUUCAGUUUUUGGAUACACAACAGUUGGGAAAGAUAUUCUUUCACAGAUAAAAACUGGAGAUGUGAUUCGAUCUGCAUAGUUGGUCGAAGGUCAAGAUCGUCUA